GCCGACGGGAAGAUGGCGACGGCGGCGGGUGGCUCGGCGGGGAAGGGGCGCGACAUCAGCCUGGCGGCCCUGCGGCGCCACGACCCCUACAUCAGCCGCAUCGUGGACGUGGCCAGCCAGGUGGCCCUGUACACCUUCGGCCACCGGGCCAACGAGUGGGAAAAGACCGAUGUGGAAGGAACCUUAUUUGUUUAUACAAGGUCUGCUUCUCCGAAGCAUGGCUUCACCAUCAUGAACAGGCUGAGCAUGGAAAACAGGACAGAGCCCAUCACGAAAGACCUGGAUUUCCAGCUCCAGGACCCUUUCCUUCUCUACAGAAAUGCCAGAUUGUCCAUUUAUGGAAUUUGGUUUUAUGAUAAGGAAGAAUGCCAAAGAAUUGCAGAGCUUAUGAAAAACCUCACUCAGUACGAACAGCUGAAAGCCCACCACGGAGCAGGAGGGGGAGCCGGAAUGUCCCCCGUGAGCCUCCGCUCAGGAGAGGGCAAGGAGGUGGACAUCUUGCAGAUGCUCUCCAAGGCCAAAGACGAAUACACAAAGGCUCGUGGUUGGGGUGCAAGUGAGCAGGGCGAGCAGCCAGUCCAGAGAGGUCUUGGGCCACGUACUGAGCCUUCAGAAGUGGACUGUUUGGAGGAACAUUGUAAAACCUGUUCUGAACCCAAACAGAUCAGCAGCUCGUCCGCCAUCCACGACAACCCCAAUCUCAUCAAGCCGAUUCCAGUGAAGCCUAGCGGGAGCCGGCAGCAGCGCAGCCCUCGGCCCAGCCAGACCCUAGACCCUGAACCCCAACACCUGUCCUUGACGGCUCUCUUUGGGAAGCAGGACAAAGCUAUGUGUCAGGAAGCCACGGGACCUCCGCAGACCCUCCACCAGCAGCAGCAGCAGCAGCAAGAGAAGCUUCCGAUUCGGCAGGGGGUCGUCCGCUCCCUGUCCUGUGAGGAACCGCGAAGACACUCGCCCCCAGUCGAGAAGCAGCUCUGUCCAGCCAUCCAGAAGCUCAUGGUCAGGAGCUUGGACCUGCAGCCACUGGCAGAGCUGCCUGAGAGCCGGCCCUGCAGAGAUGCCAUCAGGGUGGCCUGUGCUGGGCCUGCCCGGCCAGGGUCUCCCCGCAGCUCCUCAGCCUCCCACCGCACACAUGGUUCCUCUGUGACUCAGAACCCACUGGACCAGUUCCAGAGCAUCCCCGGGGCCAAGAACAGGUGCGACUCUGGGGCACCGGUACCUGCCGGCUCAGCUGCCACCCCCACGGCCACUGCCAGGCCAACCGGUCUCAGUGGUAGCGCCCUCCCGCCACAGACGCUGGGGCCCCGGGCUCUCUCGAGGCCAGCGCCCCCUGGCCCUGGCCCUGGCUGUCAGCCCACAGGGGCUGAUGAGGUCUCCCCACGGGAGCUGCUGCAGAAGCUUCAGGCGGUGCAGCAGGAGCAGCAGCUGCCAGUGCCCGGUCGCCCUGCCCUGGCGGCCAAGUUCCCCGUGGCCACCCUGAGCACUGGAGCACGGAACCCCCUGGAGUCCUGGAGGGACCAGACCCCCAGCGCGGAGCAGCAGGCUCCCCUCCUUCAGGUCCUCUCACCCCGGCGCGUCCCGGCCGCUGCAGCCCCGUCUCCUCUCGUGUCGCCCCUGGUGUUCACGCAGCCUCCCUGGGCUCCGCCACCAGAGAAGAGCAAUGGGCUUCUGCCCAUGGGAAGCCAGGACCCAGCUGCCGCCCCCACCGGCCUCCUCCUGCCCCUGCGGACGCCAGAGCCCCCUGGGACCCCAGGCAGCGCCCUGACCAAGCUGCAGCUCCAGGAGGCCCUGCUGCACCUCAUCCAGAAUGACGACAACUUCUUAAAUAUAAUCUACGAAGCUUAUCUCUUCAGCAUGACACAAGCGGCCAUGAAAAAGACUCUGUGAAAGCAAAAUAUUUUAAGACUGAUUUCCAAGGCCCUUCGGCUCAAGGUUCUUUCAUGUCAAAUGUUGUUUCCCUAAAUGUUUCUGCCUUUUUUUUAAAGUGUGUGUUAUAUGAAGUAAAAUGUUUCAGACUUUUU